AUGUAUAUAAAGAUGGCCACGUUAGCAAACGGACAGGCUGACAACGCGAGCCUCAGUACCAACGGGCUCGGCGGCAGCCCGGGCAGCGCCGGGCACAUGAACGGAUUAAGCCACAGCCCGGGGAACCCGUCGACCAUUCCCAUGAAGGACCACGAUGCCAUCAAGCUGUUCAUUGGGCAGAUUCCCCGAAACCUGGAUGAGAAGGACCUCAAGCCCCUCUUCGAGGAGUUCGGCAAAAUCUACGAGCUCACGGUUCUGAAGGACAGGUUCACAGGCAUGCACAAAGGCUGCGCUUUCCUCACCUACUGCGAGCGUGAGUCGGCACUGAAGGCCCAGAGCGCGCUGCACGAGCAGAAGACCCUGCCCGGGAUGAACCGGCCGAUCCAGGUGAAGCCGGCGGACAGCGAGAGCCGAGGAGGUAGUAGCUGCCCGCGCCAGCCCCCUUCACAAGAUAGAAAACUCUUCGUGGGCAUGCUCAACAAGCAGCAGUCCGAGGACGACGUGCGCCGCCUCUUCGAGGCCUUCGGGAACAUCGAGGAGUGCACGAUCCUGCGCGGACCCGACGGCAACAGCAAGGGGUGCGCCUUUGUGAAGUACUCGUCCCACGCCGAGGCGCAGGCCGCCAUCAACGCGCUCCACGGCAGCCAGACCAUGCCGGGAGCCUCGUCCAGCCUGGUGGUCAAGUUCGCCGACACCGACAAGGAGCGCACGAUGCGGCGGAUGCAGCAGAUGGCUGGCCAGAUGGGCAUGUUCAACCCCAUGGCGAUUCCGUUCGGGGCCUACGGCGCCUAUGCCCAGGCACUGAUGCAGCAGCAAGCGGCCCUCAUGGCAUCAGUCGCUCAGGGGGGCUACCUGAACCCCAUGGCUGCCUUCGCUGCCGCCCAGAUGCAGCAGAUGGCGGCCCUCAACAUGAACGGCCUGGCGGCCGCACCUAUGACCCCAACCUCAGGUGGCAGCACCCCUCCGGGCAUCACUGCACCAGCCGUGCCUAGCAUCCCGUCCCCCAUUGGGGUGAACGGCUUCACCGGCCUCCCCCCGCAGGCAAAUGGGCAACCUGCUGCGGAAGCUGUGUUUGCCAAUGGUAUCCACCCCUACCCAGCACAGAGCCCCACCGCCGCGGACCCCCUGCAGCAGGCCUACGCCGGAGUGCAGCAGUAUGCAGGUCCAGCCGCCUACCCUGCUGCCUAUGGUCAGAUAAGCCAGGCUUUUCCUCAGCCACCUCCGAUGAUUCCCCAGCAGCAGAGAGAAGGGCCCGAGGGCUGUAACCUGUUCAUCUACCAUCUGCCCCAGGAGUUUGGGGACGCUGAGCUGAUGCAGAUGUUCCUCCCUUUCGGCCGGCACCCAGUGCCCUCCCGCUGCCAGGCCCCCUCCUGUCAGGGAGGACAGUGUCCAAUAAACUCCACCCGCAGGCUUCGUGAGCUUCGACAACCCGGCCAGCGCGCAGACCGCCAUCCAGGCCAUGAACGGCUUUCAGAUCGGCAUGAAGAGGCUCAAGGUGCAGCUGAAGCGGCCCAAAGACACCAAUCGCCCGUACUGAGCGCCGGCGGGAGCGUCCCCCGGGGGAGACCAGGACUCGCACAGGGCAGGAUGCUGAACGGGCUACACUAAAAAACAAACCUCUCUCUCUCUCUAUUUAUAAACGAGAACUGUUGGAUGACACCUUUGACAUAUCAGCUAAUGUCAGUCAAGCUGAAGACCCCAGACACUCUGUGCGACUGUAACAUUUCUUCAAGGAAAGGAUGGCGUCUGUGGAGUUCAGAGGGCACGUGUUUGGGGGAACAAUACCUAUGCCACAAAGAAGAAGAUGACGAAGAACAAGGAGAAAAACGGAACACACACAACAAGGCAACUUUCAAACAAAACCACACGCACGGGGAGGCAGAAGGGCUGGGAACUGGGAGGAGUUGCUGCUGCUUCCCGAUGCGGGCAGCCCUGGGCGCCGCCGUGGCAGGCUGGGCAGGCGGGGCGGCGGGGCCCGGUCCCCAGGGGACUGAGCAGCUCUCGCUCUCGCUCUCUCUCUCUCUCUCUUUCUGUCAUUCCUUUAGCUAUUUAGGGACCAAAGGACCAAACUUUUUAUCGCAGAUGUGUAGCUCUAUGUCAAAUAGAGGGGGAGGGGCAGCCUCCUUCCUGCCUCGCCGCUGUUCCUGAAACAGCUUAGAGCGAAUUCUAUGAAAAAUGUCAUAAAAAAAUUAAAAAAAAAAAAACUUUGAGAAAAAAAAAUUAAAAAA